AUGCGAAACCAAAUAAAAAUUUUCAUAACACUCGUGCUAUUAUGCGUCAUUUCAAAUGCUCAAUUAAAUAAUAGUAAUAAUAAUAAUAAUAAUAACGGAGUUAAUCGUGCUCCACAAUUUUUACCCAAUGGCGAUAUGUCAAGAUUUGCCAUACCAGAAGACACACCGCCUGGAACUCCAGUCUACAGACUCUUAGGUACCGAUCCAGAAGGUUCCAGAGUAUUUUAUAGCAUAAGCGGUGAAUAUUUCACGGUCGAUAAAAAUACCGGAAUCGUAUCGACUUUGAAAAGUUUCGACAGAGAAACGGAAGACAUCGUAUCGGUCGUUAUAAGCAUAACCGACGAAAGUUUCGAUGGUUCCGAACCAAACACGGUAUCUCAUUUGAGACAAAUUCCAAUAUUGGAUAUUAAUGAUAAUUAUCCGACAUUUUACAAUAGGCCAUACAGUAUUAGUUUAUUUGAAAAUACGCCGGUUGGAAAAGUUAUUUUCGAUAACAUAACGGUUCAAGAUAAAGAUGGCGGAAUAAAUGGAGACGUCAUAUUGUCUUGCACGCCACCGGAUGACGAAACGUGUAAAACAUUUGACGUCACCACCGAAAAGUUAGCCGAGGGUCUUUUCAAAGGCGUCAUCACCCUUUUAAAACCUUUGGAUUACGAAUCGAGAACUUCGUACAGUUUGUCCGUCAAGGCGACAGAUCGUGCCAAAGAUCCCAAUCGUAGACUCACGUCGACGGCAAACAUAAACAUAAACGUUCUAGAUAUACAAGAUCAAGCUCCGGUUUUUAUAAAUUCACCAUAUUCAUCAACGGUUUUGGAAAACACGAAAGAGGGUACCGUCAUUUUAAGAGUCGGAGCAAGAGAUGGCGAUAUCGGAGAUCCCCGAACCGUUCGUAUCGAAAUACGAGAUGAUCAUUUGGGAUAUUUCCAACUCGAACCUCUUUACGAUUAUGACGACGCCGAUGAAAAUUCAUUUGAAAGUUAUUACGAUGUCGUAACGACGGAAAUACCGUUAGAUCGUGAAAAUCCGGAAAUACUUCAAAAUGGUGGAAUAUAUACUUUUACUUUAAGAGCUACCGAAUUAAUAAAUAACGAACUACCAGCCGAUUAUACGGACACAACCGUUACGAUUGUUAUCAUGGAUGAAGACGACCAGUUACCCACAUUCAAUCAGGAUGUUUACCAUUUGAACGUAUCGGAAAAUAUAGCCGUCGAUUCUCCACUACCCGGAUUAAACAUGAUAAUUAACGACGAAGACAUCGGUGAAAAUGCAAAAUAUUAUCUUUCCCUAGAAGAAAUCGAAAACGUUUAUAACACUUUCGUGGUACGACCUGAAUCAGGUACCGGAAGAACCGCGGUUGUCGUACGAGUGAACGAUACAAAAAAUUUGGAUUACGAUGUCGAAGAUGAAAAUUUAAGAACGUUGAUAUUCGACGUUGUCGCACAUACGUCAAAAGAAAACAAAGUUAAGAGAGAAGUUGCAAGAAGUAGAGUUUUCGUACAUUUGGAAGAUGCCAACGACAACGCCCCUGAAUUUUCAAGUUUGUCUUAUCACGUUUUGGUACCUGAAAAUACGGCGCCAAAUACUUUGAUAUACAACGUGAGCGCAACAGAUCGCGACAGCGGAAUUUUCGGACAAAUAAAAUAUUACCUCAAAGGUUUCGAAGCGAAUAAAUUUAAAACGAAUCUUCACAAGGGUGGAAUUUACACAUCGACCUAUAAUUUAGAUUACGAAACUCAAAAAUCGUACACGUUGAAUUUGAUUGCGAUCGAUGGAGGAAACAAAACAUCUUCGGUAAACGUUUACAUCGACGUAGACGAUUUGAACGAUAACAAACCAACGUUCGAACUCAAAGAAUACAAUAGAAUCCUUCGGGAGGGUGCUCAAUCCUUCCAACCGGAAUUUUUCGUUCGUGCCACUGAUGCCGACGGACCCAAACACGGGGGUGAAAAAAUAUUCUACGAAAUAAUAUCGAAAAAUUACAUAAGGGAUGUUUUUUCGAUCGACGAAAAUACCGGAGAACUCAUCAUCGAAGAACCCGUAUCCUCGAGCGACACACCCAAAGGACAAUACGAAAUGGUUAUAAGAGGAUGGGACUAUGGGAUACCUAAAAUGUACGACGAUGCGAGAGUGAAUAUACGAGUCGGAGUCGUCGGUAAUCAACGACCGUAUUUCAAAGGAAAUGCAAAAAACAAAAACGGAAUAUCCAUCUAUAAGGUAAACAUUAGAGAAAACAUACAACCGAACGUGGUUGUAAAAAAAUUAGAAGGCGUGGAUCCAGAUGGAAUCAAUUCGAAAUUAAUUUACCGUAUAGCAGACGGUGGAAAAGACAAUUUCGUUUUGGACGAAACUACGGGAAUAUUAAAAACGUCACCGUAUUCGAAUUUCGAUUUGGAAAACAAUCCGAACAAUUACGAACUUCACGUGAUAACGAUCGAUUCGGGUACACCGGUACCGGAAACGGGUACGACUUCCGUUUUGAUAACCGUCGAAGAUGUCAAUAACAAACCGCCGCAUUUUCAAGAGCCCACUUUUUCGGAAUACGUUAACGAAAACGCGGAAAUAAAUUCGACCGUUAUAACCGUUCGAGCGAACGAUUCCGACGUGAACAGUAAAAUCGUUUAUAAAAUUAUAAAACCCAUUAAAAUUUACAACAAAGCCGGUUUGCUCACACAAACCGACGACGACAUAUUCGUCGUAAACAACGAAACCGGGGAAAUAAUACUCAACGCGACGCUCCAACACGAUAUAAUCAAUUACGUCAUAUUAAAAGUGGAAGGAGAAGAUGUGAACGCGGAAGAAAACGAACAAAAAACCACGACGGAAAUAAUGUUGUACGUACAAGCGAGCGACAAUACGAAUCCCGUUUUUUUAACAACGAAUUGGACCGUUAAAAAUCCCAUAAUUAAAAUUAAAAUUAACGAAGAAGUCGAUGUGAACACGAUAGUGUAUAAAUUAAAAGCGAGGGAUCCCAUAAAAAACAAAACGAAAAUAAAAUACGAAUCCACUAAAAACGAUCACUACGACAUAUUUAACGUGAGCGAAAACGGAAACGUUAUUAUCCUUAAAAAAUUAGAUUAUGAAAAAAUCGAACGGAAAAUCUAUAACGUGAGCGUUCGUGCCAUCGUCAACGAGGAUCCCUAUCAGGAUAUUAAAAAUACAAAAGAAACCGUCGUGGAAUUAAAAAAUCUACCGAAAAUCCGUUACACGGAUUCCGUUUUAAUCAUCGAAAUCCUCAACAUAAACGAUAAUCCCCCCAUUUUCGACGAGGAUACGUACACGAAAAGAGUUUUGGAAAACGUACAAUAUCCGGAAAUAGUAUUAACCGUAAAAGCCGUGGAUUUAGACAACGAUACCAUAGCGUACACGAUAAGCGGUGAAAAUUCAAAUUAUUUCAUUGUGAAUGAAACGUCCGGAGAAAUAAGAGUCGCGCAAAACGUGUCGCUAGACAGAGAAAAACGUAGCUUUUAUAAAUUUAACGUAACGGCAAGCGAUAAAAAUUUAUCUUUUGGCACGAAAAUCCACAAAACGACAGUUCAAGCCGUGAUCGAAGUUUUAGACGUGAACGACAAUCCUCCCGUUUUCAAUGAGAAAAUCUAUUCGACCGUCGUACCUGAAAACGUCGACGUGGGUACAAACAUAAUAACGGUACAAGCGACGGAUUUGGAUUUGGGCCUUUCCGGACAAGUAUCGUAUCAAAUCGUUGACGAAACCGAAGCCGUGGGUUUUUUCAAAAUCAAUUCCGACACCGGAGAAAUCGUAACGGAUAAAAUAUUAACCGGAAAAGGAAGAGCGGAACCUUAUAACAUAGUCGUCAGAGCUUCCGAUAAAGGGGAUCACGUUUUAGGUUACCAAAAAUCACUAUCGUCGGAAGUCACCCUGAGCAUUUACGUGGGAGACGUUAUUAAAAAUGAUGGUGUACCUAUUUUUAUAAAACCUGCACUCAAUCAAGUCAUUGAAUUAUCGGAAAAUGCAUCGGUCAACACUCCAGUGUUUCAAGCAAUCGCAACGGAUCCAGAUAAUUCGAAUACUCCGGAAGGGGAAAUAAGGUAUAAAUUCUUGGAUGACGAUGGAAAUUCGGGAAAAGAAAAUCCAUUUAAAAUACAUUCGGAAACGGGUUUGAUAUCGACCAAAUUACCAUUGGAUAGAGAAAAACAAAGUUCGUACGAUUUGAUUAUCGUGGCACAAGACAGAGGAGAUGUACCACAGCAAGCCAUUAGAAAACUUCACAUCGAAAUAUUAGACGUGGACGAUCACAAGCCAUAUUUUAAAAGAUCCAUAGAUGAAUCACCGAUCGUCAUGAAAGUAACGGAAGAAAGUCCACCGGAAACGGAAGUCGGAUUAAUACAAGCCAUAGAUGACGACAUUGGAGAAAACGCCAUGAUCGAUUACGUCAUUUCCAACGGAAACGACGAUAAUUUAUUUACCAUAACGAGAACGGAUGAUAAUUUCGGACUAAUUCGAACCGCCGGAAGAUUGGAUAGAGAAAAAACAAAAAAUCAUCUUCUAACUGUAAAAUGUUUUAAAUUUUCUCAAGAUUCGAAAAAAUUAAAUUACCUACGUCCCUACAACAGACAAGAUCCUUCCGAAAGGCAAAUUCUCAUUCUCAUCGAAGACAUCGACGACAACGAUCCGAAAUUCACGAAGACAAACAUGUCGAUCGGCGUCAGACUGAACGUGCCUCCGGACACGUCUUUGGUGACGCUACAAGCGACGGACGAAGACGAAAAUGCAGCCCCUAUAGAAUAUUACAUAAGCCAAAUACUUUUCACGAGCCUUGCCAAAGACGAUCAUUUCACAGCCGUCAUAAACGCGUCGGAAAAAAUAUUUUCCAUAGAUAAAAAAACGGGAGAAUUGAAAACGGGUACGUCCCUGCAAAAAUACUCAAACGGUUUUUUCGAAAUCGCCAUAUUGGCUAACAAUACGGAAGAACAUUCGAGAAGAGCCAACAACACGAUAAGGGUUUUCAUGCUGAGAGACAAAGCGCUAAUGAAAUUAGUUUUGAACGAUCCGCCGACGGAAGUGAAAAAAAAAAUACCGGAAAUAGAACUCGCAUUGGCAUCGGCUGCUGGAGUUCCUCUCGUUAAUAUUUACGACGUACAAUUUCAUUCGAAACCCGAUGGAAGUUUGGACUUUAGUUCGACAAGUUCUUGUUUUCAAAUGAUCGGAAAAGAACCCUACAGCGUUGAAAAUAUGGAAUCCAUAUUGAACGAUCCGAAACAUAAAAAUUUCAAAAAAGUUUUUUCAAAAUUCAACAUACAGGAAGUGACGAGAUGCGCGUCGACGAGUUACAGAACGGAAAUUUCGUGGAUUGAAAUAUGGGUACUCGUUUUAUCCGUUUUGAUUGGGAUUUUGGCACUUGUCGCAACUUGUACAAUCAGUUGCAUGUACAGAAGGUACAAAAUGGAAAAGAAAAAAAGAAUGACAAAAUCGAGACCACCGUCAACGGCUGAUUACAUGACAAUAAAAACCGGAAGUCAAUUGAUGACUCCCGCUGCGGGUUCGGUUAUGGGUUCGCAAUUGAUCGCGCCUAAAUCACAACAUGGCGGCUCGCAAAUGUACAUAAAUAAAUCGGAUAGAUCCGUUUUAGGAUCGCAAUACGUCAUAACAAAAGGUUCGUCACAAAUAAUGAUAAAUCAACCUGCAACGAAAAUGGGUUCUCAACUCAUAAUAAACAAUCCGAAAUCGAAUUUUUCACCGCCGACUCCGCCGCCGCCGACGACAUUUUCGAAUUCUAGUUCCGGUCCUGUAAUUAUGGGGUCGUCACAAAUGUUGGCAUCGACAAACGACAUACACGCGACCGAUGGUCAUCAUUACGACGAUCAAGAUAGAAUAUUUAUAAGCGACGAAUUCGGAUCUCAAAUGAUGUACGAAUACAUCGGAGACGGUAGAGACAAUAUGGCGUUCGAUGACGAUUCGUGA